CCACCAUCCUUCGACACAGACAAAUGAGCUAACACACCCCAGUGAAAGCAAAGGCAGAGACGUUCUCUUUCCAUGAGUAAUGAUGAAGACUCAACACACACCACCACUGGUAUUGAUGCUUCUCCUAUGUACCCUCUCUGCCAACUCAUCAUUCCAGCCCGCUCUGGUGUUAGAAAUGGCCAAGAUUCUGCUGGAAAACUACUGCUUUCCAGAGAACCUGGUUGGGAUGCAGGAGGCCAUCCAACAAGCAAUCAACAGCGGAGAAAUCCUGCGGAUUUCCGAUAGGAAGACCCUUGCAGCUGUACUCACAGUCGGAGUACAAGGGGCACUGAACGACCCACGGCUGACUGUGUCUUACGAGCCCAAUUUUGUCCCAGUGAUGCCCCCGAUACUGCCCUCUCUCCCCAGAGAACAACUGAUCCGGCUGGUGAGGAACUCUGUCAAGGUGGAUAUCCUGGAAAACAACAUUGGCUAUUUGCGGAUAGAUCGGAUCAUUGGGGAGGAGACAGCAGCGAAACUUGGCUCCCUGCUGAAGGACAACAUCUGGGACAAAGUUGCUCGCACAUCCUCUCUGAUUUUUGAUUUGAGGUAUAGCACAGCUGGACAACUGUCUGGAGUUCCCUUUAUAAUCUCCUAUUUCUCUGACCCUGAGCCCAUCUUUCAUAUAGACACUGUGUAUGACAGGCCCUCAAAUACAACCAGGGAGCUGUGGACCAUACCAUCAAUUAAGGGACAGAGGUAUGGAAAGAAGAAAGACGUGAUUAUUUUGACGAGCAAACGUACCAUGGGGGCUGCUGAGGCAGUGGCAUACACAUUAAAAAACCUAAAGAGGGCUAUAAUCGUUGGAGAGCGAUCUGCUGGUGGGUCAGUAAAAGUCAGAAAGAUAAGGAUUGGAGGAUCAGAGUUCUACAUAACAGUUCCUGUGGCAAGAUCUGUCAGUCCAAUCACAGGCCAGAGCUGGGAGGUCAGUGGCAUUCCCCCAACAGUCAACGUCAUUGCAAAGGAAGCUGUCCCAAAAGCAAAGUCCCUUCUGGCUGUGAGGAGUGCCAUUCCACAGGUUGUUCAGAGCAUCUCCAACAUAAUCAGGAGGUGGUAUGCUUUCACUGACCGAGUCCCAGCUCUUCUUCAACAUCUGCAAACUAUGGACUUGUUCUCUGUCAUAUCUGAGGAAGAUCUGGCAAUGAGACUCAACCAGGACCUCCAGACUGUGACAGAGGAUCCACGACUCAUCAUCAAAUACAUGCAAGACAAUGCUGCCAUUGAAGAGGGGGACCCUGAGCUUUACAAAGUCCCUGAUGAUUCAAAAUUAUUAAGAACACUGAUUGAAACAACGUUUAAAAUUGAAAUUCUCCAGGGCAAUACUGGCUAUCUCCGCUUUGACAAGUUUGUUGAGUUUUCUCCACUGAUUAAAUUAGAGGAGUUCUUCGCUAAAAAGGUGUGGGAGCCCUUAAAAGACACCAGUAACCUGAUUAUUGACCUUCGCUAUAAUACUGGUGGAUGCUCUACCUCUCUAGCUCUUAUUUUGUCAUAUCUGUAUGACACUUCCCAGAAGCAUCACUUUUUCACAAUAUAUGACCGGAUUCAGAACACAACAACAGCACAUGACUCCUACCCUCAAAUUACAGGCCCGAGCUAUGGAUCCAAACGCGGGGUUUAUGUGUUGACCAGUUACUACACAGCAAGUGUUGGUGAAGAGUUUGCUUACCUAAUACAAUCCCUACAUCGUGGCACAGUCAUUGGGGAAAUUACAUCUGGUACCCUAAUGCACUCAAAGAUGUUUCAAAUAGAAGGGACAGGUCUUGCCAUCACUGUCCCCGUCAUUAACUUUAUUGACAACAAUGGCGAAUGCUGGCUGGGAGGUGGUGUGGUCCCUGAUGCCAUCGUCCUGGCUGAGGAAGCUGUAGAUCACUUUCAUGAGAUCGCAGAUUUCCAUCAGGGGCUCAGGUCCCUAAUGGAGGUAAUUGGGGAACUGCUAGAAAAACACUAUGCCAUCCAUGAAGUCGCCUUGCAGGUCAAUAAGGUGCUGCUGAGCAAAUGGGCUGAGGGACAGUACUGGUCAGUGGUGGAUUUUGAAUCUUUGGCAUCUCAAUUGACGUCAGACCUCCAAGAGGCUUCAGGUGAUCACCGUCUCCAUGUCUUCCAUUGUGAUGUUGAGCCUGAGACUAUUCAUGACGUCGGAAAGAUCCCCACAGCAGAGGAAGUGGGAUACAUAAUUGACGCUUUGUUUAAAAUUGAGCUUCUGCCAGGUAAUGUUGGCUAUCUAAGAUUUGACAUGAUGGCCGACAUAGAGGUGUUAAAAGCCAUUGGCACACAGCUAAUAGACUUAGUGUGGAGUAAUAUAGUAAACACAGAUGCUCUCGUAAUUGACAUGCGAUACAACACUGGUGGUUUUUCAGCAACAAUUCCCCUUCUGUGCACCUAUUUCUUUGACGUAGAACCUCUGCGGCAUCUUUACACCAUCUUCGAUCGCACCACGACCACAAUGACAGAGGUCAUGACAUUGCCCCAGGUCAGGGGUCAAAGGUAUGGGUCCUCCAAGGAUGUCUACAUCCUCACCAGUCAUAUGACUGGGUCCGCAGCUGAAGUGUUCGUCCGCACAAUGAAGGACCUAAACAGGGCCACAAUUAUUGGAGAGCCAACGAUUGGAGGGUCUCUAUCAAGUGGAACCUAUCAGAUAGGGGACAGCACCCUGUACGCUUCCAUCCCGAACCAGGUUGUUUUGAGUGCCACUACUGGGAAGAUGUGGAGUGUUUCAGGGGUUGAGCCUCAUGUUUUUGCCCAGGCAAGUAACGCUCUUCAUGUAGCACAGAGACUAAUAGAAGCAAAGCUGUUGAAGAGAGAAAACAGUAAAUAGAUUGUUUUAUUCUUAUUUCUUAACAUAUAAUAGCUCAAUUUGUCUUUGUGUUUAGCCACCACUUAAACCCGAAACAGGCCACUUGUUGAGAGCUGCAUGUAUGACUGGCCUUCUUGUUUUCCACAUAAAAAUCAAACAUGUAAUCCACUGACCAUAGUCACAGUACACAAAACAGUCUUGUUCUGUAUAAUCUAUCCCUGAGCUGCUUUUCCUCAAUCUAACUGGAGAUCGAGAUCUCCUUGUUAUACCAGAAGAGUUAAAUAUUUGUGCUUUUUAGAGAUUUACGGUCACAGGGUAAGCAUUGUUUCAGAUGCCUUUUCACAGGGAUAUCAUCAUGGAAACAAUAAUCUUUGUUUAUCCAUUUUUAGAUGUAAUAGAAAAUGUUGGUUCUUCACAAGCUGUAUCUGCAUUUAUAUUAUUUCCCCAAACCCCAGACCUGGCAGCUGUAUGUAUCCAAAUGUAUUGCAUUAGUGUUUAUCUCAUUGGAGGAAGGAAGUUACCAAACCUUAAUCUACUUAUCUACCGUGGUAUUUUCACAACCUCAAUUUCUUCAUAAAGUAAAUUCUAUUGCACUUUGUUAUUUAUAUGAUGGCUGUAUGAACCCAUAUCUAUAUAUUGUAUUCAGUAAAGUUGCCUUUGUCUCUUCUGUUUUGUUGUUUUCUGUGUGAUUCCCUUUCAUUCCAUAUUAAAUGCUUUGUAUUGGAA